AUGGGUAUAGUUGUAAAAUACUCUGCUUUUAUAAAUGGUGAAUUUAUUGGCGGAGUUGAGGGUGAUCUUCCAAUAUGGACUAUAAAUUGGAUUAGGGUAACUGGUCAAAUGACUCUUCUACAAGAACCAGUCGUCGAUUUCUAUUUAUGUGGAGAAAUGGAACAUUUUUACAAAUUCCAAUUAAAGCAUCUGCCUUAUUAUGGAUCAAGAUAUUGCUUAGAAGCUACAGUGCCACCUUAUAAUGAACUGUCAGAAAGAAAAGGAUUCGAAAUUAAUUUCUUUCACGAAUCUACAGAAUUUGAUGAAAACAUUGGAGAUACUGUUCUUAGAAUGAAUUUUGUUUUUGAUAUUAAAAAUGCUUCGAAUGAUUUACUUUUUCUUGAUAGUUAUCAACACAGCAAAAACUCUUGGGAUGAACUCGAAAUUCAUCCAAACCCUAUUGGACGCUCUGGAGUGACAUUUGAUAUUCGAAUUUAUGCAACUUCAUUUCAAUUUCAAAUCAGCAUAAAUAACGGAAUUGAUUUAAUUAAUUAUAGAUAUAGAUUACCUCCUUGGGCGACAAAUUAUAUAACGGUUAGUGGUGAUAUAAAUGGUGUAUUAUUUGGUAACAAAUCGAGUAGAUGCAAAGCUUAUUAUGAAAAGGAAAAAAAUACAGAAAAAGCAGAAAUCCCGUUCCCGACAGAUAUUUACCAAAUAGACACAAAUAAUCCAUUAAAAAACGGCGAUUUAAUUAGCAUACAAGGAAUUGUUAAAUUACCAAAAAAAUUUCAUGAGAAUGCAGUAAAUAUUAGUAUAAGUUUUUAUCAUGAAGCUCUAGAAUGGCAUACUUCUGUCUUUCAAGCCAAUUUCUCAGUAAAUUAUGUUACAUUCAAUACUUAUAUGGAGGGCUGGAAAUUUAACAAAACAACGGAACCUAUUUACAAACUUCGUAGACCUUUGGCAAUUGGACAAUUAUUUGAUUUAGAAAUAUUUAUUAAUCAAAAAGAAUUUAAAAUUCAUUAUGGAAUAAUGCAAAAAAUGAAUUAUACACAACAAUUACCCUCUUGGACUAUUCAAUAUAUUAAAGUUGAUAGUGAGGCUUUAUCACUUCCACCUAGAGGGCAUUAUGUUAAAAUCGAAAGAAUGAUGGAAGAUUAA